AUGAGCUCCGUGUUUGAGGACAGUAACGUGUACAUGCUACAUAUGAUGUACCAAGCCAUGGGCGUCUGCCUGUACACCCAGGACUGGGAAGGAGCUCUGCGAUACGGACAGAAAAUCAUUAAGCCCUACAGCAAGCACUACCCCCGGUACUCCCUCAACGUGGCCUCCAUGUGGCUGAAGCUGGGCAGGCUGUACAUGGGCCUGGAGAACAGAGCUGCCGGCGAGAAAGCCCUGCGGAAGGCCUUGGCGAUCAUGGAAGUGGCUCACGGCAAAGAUCAUCCGUACAUUUCUGAGAUCAAACAGGAAAUUGAAAGCCACUGA